AGAAAGUGACCUUUGAAAGGAAAAGUAGGUAGUGCACUGUACCUUCCUAGCUAUAGCUGGCGAGGGCAGACACAGCUGGCUGGACUGGGAAGCAUGCCUGUGACUGUGCAGCAUCAGAGUCCCCAGAGGAGAUAGCAGCAUGCAGAACCCCCUCUCCUCUUCCCCUGGAGGCUCACGCUCUUCCCUUUCUGCUUAGACAUCACCGGCAAGGCAGCUGCAGAAGCAGACACUCACUGGCGCUUUCCACUCCUCUGCAGGCUGUUCCUGUCAAAGCUGCAAACACCGAUGGGACAUGGUUGACAUUUAACCAAUCAAUAUGAAAAAGACACAUUUUUAUUGAGCCGGUGUUAACAUGAGGAGUCUCUUGCAGAAGCAGACUGUUCAUCAGUGAGGAGAGAGAUAUCGCUGAGUCCCCACAAGCUUCCAAGGGAUGGCUGCUGAUGUUCACAAGAAGGAUGGAGAUGUGCCCAAUGGCUCAUUGGUCCCAUGCGACAGAAAGCAGGCUGAGAGGUCAGAGAGUCCUACCCCAGGUCUCACGCAGGGAACAGAACCAGGGGCAGGCCAGGAGGGAACCAUGUUUGUUCAUGCCAAGUCCUAUGAAGACCUGACCAGCACGGAGAAUCAGGAUGCGACUCCCCAGAGCCCGGACGAAAGCGAAGAGCGCCAAGGUGAGCAGGCAAAGAUGGAGGAGAUCAGCAAGGACUUCAGUGAACUGAGCACCCAGCUCACUGGCAUAGCCCUGGAUUUGGAGGAAGAGAUAAGGCACAGCAAAGAAGACAAGAUGGAGCUCUCACCGCAGGCCUCGCACCGAGACUCUGUGCUGUCCGGGAAGGAGGAAGAAGACGUGACCAUGGAUGCCUGGCGCAUGCACCAGAAGCAUGUCUUUGUUCUAAGUGAGGCAGGCAAGCCAGUGUAUUCCCGCUAUGGGUCUGAAGAGGCACUGUCCAGCACCAUGGGGGUGAUGAUGGCUCUGGUGUCCUUCCUUGAAGCACAGAAGAAUUCCAUCAGGUCUAUUCAUGCAGAUGGGUACAAGGUGGUGUUUGUGCGCAGGAGCCCCCUGGUGCUGGUUGCUGUGGCUCAGACACGGCAGUCAGAACAAGAAAUUGCUCAGGAGCUUCUUUAUAUCUACUACCAGAUCCUUAGUCUCUUGACGUGGACCCAGCUCAGCCGUAUCUUCCAGCAGAAGCAGAACUAUGACCUGAGGAGGCUGCUGGCAGGCUCCGAGCGCAUCACGGACAACUUGCUAGACCUGAUGGCGAGGGACCCGAGCUUUCUGAUGGGGGCUGCACGUUGCCUCUCUAUGGCUGCUGGAGUCAGGGAUGCCGUGAGCUCCUGCCUCCAGCAAGCCAAAGCUAAAAGCCUAGUCUUCUCCAUCCUCUUAUCCAAGAACCAGCUGGUAUCUCUGGUGAGAAAAAAGGACCAGUUCCUGCAUCCGAUUGACCUUCACCUACUCUUCAACCUCAUCAGUUCAUCCUCCUCAUUUAGAGAAGGAGAAGCCUGGACUCCCAUCUGCCUGCCCAAAUUCAACUCUAGCGGUUUCUUCCACGCUCACAUUUCCUACUUGGAGCAGGACACAGACUUGUGCCUCCUUCUGAUCUCCACUGACCGUGAGGACUUCUUCACAGCGUCUGACUGCAAGCGCAGGUUCCAGGAACGGCUGAAGAAGCGUGGUGUUUAUCAUGCCCUCGUGGAGGCGCUGUGCACUCCUUUCUACACUGUCUCCCAGGUGGGAAUCCCAGACCUCCGACACUUCAUCUACAAAUCAAAGAGCUCAGGACUCUUCACCAGCCCAGAGAUUGAUGCUCCCUACAUCACUGAGGAGGAAAAAGAGAGACUUCUGGGAUUGUAUCAGUACUUACACAGCCGGGCCCAUAAUUCUUCCCGUCCUCUGAGCUACAUCUAUUACACUGGAUCUAAUGAAAAUCUCCUGGCUUGGGUAACUAGUGCCUUUGAGCUCUACGUAUGCUUCAGCCCCCUGGGAACCAAAGCAGCAGCUGUCAGCGCUGUCAACAAACUUAUGAGGUGGAUCCGCAAGGAAGAAGACCGGCUCUUUAUAUUAACACCCCAGACUUACUGACUGCUGUGGCCUGUGUCGUCUGCCUGGGGUUCCUCAGUGCCAGUGAAUGCCCGAAGGGAUGUCCUCUUGCCUCUGGGGAGACUAGACCUCUCUCAGAGAUUCCCUCCCCAACCAGAAAUGGGAGGAGGAGGAGAAAAGGUGGGUUUGAGGAGAACAGAGUUUUGUGCCUACAGGGAGCAUCUGGGAAGGAGACUUGCAUUUCAGUUUGUACUACAUUUUAAACAUUAACCCUACUGCGCCUGGAAUUGAAACAUGGAUCCUCCUGGCCUUCAUCCAUGUGAUUGCUACCCAAGAUGCUCUUCAUCCCAAACAUAGAAUGUAAUUUUUGCCACUUUUUUUCUUUUAGCUUGUCUUAAACCAAAUCUUGUCCACAUCUCCAGAGUGUGUUUUCCCCUCCUCUCCUAACUAGCUUCUGUUGGGAGAAGUUCAGGCAAUUGUUUUCCUGUAUUGUUGGCCAAGCCAAUGCAUCAAGGAGUCCAGUGUACUUCAUUGCACAUGGCUUCCCUAAUCUUUAAUGACUUCCCAAAUGUCCUCUGUGUCCAACCUGUGCCAGGCUGCGUUGCACCUGAAGCAGUGGGUCAUCAAAGCAGCACGUACUGGGGAGCAGAGAGAGCAUUUUAUGAACUGUCUGGCUCCCUGCUGCACACUUCCCUUUGGAAUUGGCUUAGGUCACUGAUUCCUUCUAGUUUUUAUUCAAGUUCCUAGUUUGCAAAGCUCUGAUGCAUCCACAUCUCUGCUAUUAUACUCCACAUGCUGCCCACACAGACUGGGGCGUAGG